AUGAAGUCUUUUAUUAUUCUCUUUGUUUUUAUUGCAGCCGUUUCGGCACAAUUAUUUACCAGUGAGUUUUGUGAAUGGGUUCUUGUAAAUAGUUUUUAUGGAGAUUAAAAAUUGUUUUGCAAAAACUUUCAGCUCCAAAACCACCAAAGUGUGGAGAAAAUGAGCAACUUGAAGAAUGCGGAACUGCCUGUGAACCAUCUUGUGAUGUUCCUGAAUAUCCAUUCUGUACUGAACAAUGUUUGGUAAAUGUUUGUCAAUGUAAAGCUGGAUUCUUGCGCGAUAAAAACUCAAAGAAAUGCAUCAAACCUUCCGAUUGUCGUGAGUUUUCUGAAUCAAAGUGGCCCAAUUCAGAAACACUUCAUAAAAUUACAGCAAAAACAAAAUUGAAGAGAGCAUUGAAAGCUGGAGCUGCACCAAAAUGUAAAAAGAAUGAACAACUUGUGGAAUGUCACGAUACGUGUGAACCACAAUGUGGAUUCACACCAGUAAGUUUAGACCUAGAUAUCAAAUAACGUUUAUCAAUCAAUUGCAAGGGGAACGUGUUGAUUAGUCGCAUUGUAGAUGUUAAGUUAAUAAGUUUUUGAAUUGGAGCCAAAUUAUCAAUUACGACAAGUUCGAAAAUAAGGUUUAAUUACCCAAGUUUGAGUCCCUGAUGAUGGUAUAAGUACCGAAACGUCGGAUAUAAACACAUUAUUUUCGAACUUGUCGUAAUUGAUAAUUUGGCUCCAAUUCAAAAACUUAUUAACUUAAGUUUAUCAAUCAAUCAUAUAAUUCAGUUCCCUUGCACAAUGAACUGUAUUGCAAACACUUGUGAUUGUAAGAAAGGAUUUGUCAGAAACACCAAUGGUGAAUGUGUCGAACCACUUCAAUGCACUGAAGCAACAUCGAAAUGUCCAAAGGAUGAAGUUUUCCGCGCAUGUGGAACUCGAUGUGAACCAACUUGUGAAGAACCACAUCCAAAAGCUUGUGUUUUGGCGUGUGUUAUGAAUAAAUGCCAAUGUGAUGAUGGAUUUGUUCGUCACUUACAUGGAUGUAUUAAAUUGAGCGAUUGCCCAAAAAAAUAA